UGGACAUCAUUUACUCCCUAAGAGAGACGAAACUGGAUUCUGGCACUUUGCUUUCAUCCUGAAUUUUUGAGACUAGAAUCCAUAUUCGCUGUUCACGUUGGAUACAAAUAUGUCGACGCGGACUUUAUGGAGCACUUUGGGGAUUUGUAUAGUCGUUGUUAUUUUGGAUUGUUGCUGGGAAGCGGUAUUUGGACAGCUCUCUUACUCUGUAUCAGAGGAGGUAAACCAGGGGACAUCUGUGGGAAAUCUUGCUAAAGAUCUAAACCUUAAUGUUCACGACUUGGAAGCACGUAUGUUUCAGAUUGUAAGCGGAUCAAAUAGAAAAUAUUUCGACGUAAAUCUGAAAACUGGUGUUCUAUAUGUCAAUGAAAGAAUCGACCGCGAGGAGCUGUGUGCGAAGGCUACAAAAUGUACUGUCGAUGUAGAGGCCGUAAUUAACAAUCCACUAAAGCUUUACCGUUUGGAGGUAGAUAUAGUCGAUAUAAACGAUAAUGCGCCAUAUUUCCCUGAGAAUUUGCAGUCUCUUAACAUUGCUGAAAGUACUGUGCAAGGAGGGAAAUUUGGAUUCAUAGGGGCAUCGGAUCUCGAUGUUGGUAAGAAUAGUGUUAGUACAUACAAGAUAAGUCCAAAUGAUUAUUUUUCUUUAGAGAUUCACAAAGGCGGAGAGGCUGUGGCUGCCGAGCUUGUGCUUCAGAAAGCUUUAGACCGAGAAAAACAACGCACUGUAAGACUCACAGUAACAGCAGUCGACGGAGGAAAUCCACCUAAAUCAGGAACGUCUCAGAUCAUUAUCAAUGUUUUAGACAAUAACGACAACGCUCCGGUUUUCAGCAGUUCUUUAUACAAGGCACGGAUUUCUGAGAAUUUAGCAGUAGGCAAAACUGUUAUAAUUCUGAAUGCAACAGACGCAGAUGAGGGAUUAAAUGCUGAAAUAGAAUAUUCAUUGAGAAGUAGAGGUCAGGAUCGUGUUUUAGAUUUAUUUCAAAUUGAUUCUAAAACAGGUGCAAUUUUAAUCAAAGGUAAGAUCGACUAUGAAGAACAUCCUGCGUUUGAGAUUCAUGCACAGGCUAAUGACAAAGGCCAGCCUCCGAUGUCGGCUCAUUGUAAGGUGCUGGUAGAAGUGGUGGACCUAAAUGACAACGCUCCUGAGAUCACUGUGACGUCAAUAUUAAACACAGUGAAAGAGGACACAGAAGUUGGUACUGCUAUAGCACUUGUCUCUGUACUGGACAAAGAUGGUGGAAAAAACGGUGUAGUAAAAGCGGUCAUUCUGAAUGAGAGCCCCUUCAAAUUAGACACAAAUUAUAAAAACUAUUAUUCGUUAGUAGUUGAUGGUCCACUUGACAGAGAAACGAUGGCCGAGUACAAUGUCGUCAUCGUCGCAACUGAUGAAGGGACUCCACCUCUCUCCAGCACCAACAUAGUGACAGUUCAUGUUUCUGACGUCAAUGAUAACCCGCCUCGCUUCUCAGAGUCACUGAUUAAUGUUUAUGUGAAAGAGAACAGUCCAGUAGGAGCAGUUAUUAAAACGGUGACUGCAGUUGAUGUCGAUAUCAGUCAAAACGGUCAGGUUAGCUAUUCUUUUUUACAAAGUAACAGUAACUCAGUACCGCUGUCUACAAUGGUAAACAUCAACUCAGAGACUGGAGAUAUAGUCAGCCUGCAGUCUUUUAACUACGAGGAGUUAAAAACGUUUCAGUUUAAAGUUCAGGCCACAGACUCUGGUGUUCCUCCGCUCAGCAGCAACGUGACUGUGAACGUUUUAAUCCUGGAUGAAAAUGACAAUAAUCCAACAAUUCUCGCGCCCUAUUCUGAGCAGGGCUCCGUUAACAGUGAGAGCAUCCCCUAUUCUGCUGAAGCGGGAUACUUUGUGGCAAAGAUCAGGGCUGUAGACGCAGACUCUGGAUACAAUGCGCUGCUUUCUUAUCACCUGUCUGAGCCCAAAGGAAACAACCUCUUCCGGAUCGGAACCAGCACCGGAGAAAUCAGGACUAAGAGGAGAAUGAGUGACAAUGACCUGAAAACUCACCCCUUGGUGGUGUUGGUUUCUGAUAACGGAGAACCCUCCCUGUCAGCUACUGUGUCUAUUGAUGUGGUGGUGGUUGAAAGCACAGCUGACAUCCAGACUCAGUUCAGACACGUGCCCAUAAAGGAGGAGAGCUUCUCUGAUUUAAACCUGUAUCUGCUGAUCGCCAUCGUGUCGGUGUCAGUGAUCUUUCUGCUGAGUCUCAUCAGUUUAAUAGCUGUCAGAUGCCACAGGACAGACGGCAGUUUCAGCAGGUACAGCGCCCCAAUGAUCACCACCCACCCUGACGGGAGCUGGUCUUACUCUAAAUCUACUCAGCAGUAUGACGUGUGUUUCAGCUCAGACACGCUGAAAAGUGACGUAGUGGUUUUCCCCGCACCGUUUCCGCCUGUUGAUGCUGAGCUGAUCAGUAUUAACGGAGGAGACACUUUUACCAGAACUCAGACUUUACCCAGCACAGACAAGUGCCAACAUUUUUUAUUGGAAUAUAUCUUUCCAGAUCUUGAUCUCUUUGUUGUAACAUAUAGUACAGAUUUGCCUACAUGUUCCUUCUCGAUGUAUGGAAUAAUGCAUUUGCCGAGCAGAAGGAGCUCUGUGUGGAUAUCUCUCUUGGUCGUGCUGCUGGAUUGUUACUGGGAAGCGGUGUCUGGGCAGCUCUCUUACUCCGUCUCAGAGGAGGUAAAUCUGGGGACUGUUGUCGGAAACAUCGCUAAAGAUCUGAACAUCAAUGUCCAGGAUUUGGAGUCCCGCUUGUUUCAGAUCGUUGCAGGAUCAAAGAGAAAAUAUCUCGAGGUAAACCUAAAGACUGGUGUCCUGUACGUUAAUGAGAGAAUAGAUCGAGAGGAACUCUGCGGCGAUGAACCAAAAUGUUCGCUCAGUGUAGAAGCAGUUAUUAAUAACCCUUUAAAACUGUACCGGAUUGAAAUAAUCAUUUUAGAUGUGAAUGAUAAUUCCCCGUCAUUCCUCAGCACAUCUCAAUUAAUGAACAUUACAGAGAGUACAGCAGCAGGGGCUAAAUUCCCUCUGCAUCCAGCUCACGAUGCAGAUGUCGGUAAAAAUACUGUAAAUAGCUACAAGCUUAGCCAAAAUGAACACUUCUCUCUCGCUACACAUAAAGGAGAGAGUGUUACCGCCGAAUUACUGCUUCAGAAAGUUUUAGACAGAGAAAAACAGUCUGUGAUCCGACUCGUACUGACUGCCAUUGAUGGAGGCACUCCUGCUAAAUCUGGCAGUAUGACUAUAAUAGUAAAUGUAUUGGACAUUAAUGAUAAUCCUCCUGUAUUCAACCAAACUCUCUAUAAAGCCAGUAUGUAUGAGAACGCUAAGAUAGGAACAUCGAUAAUAACAUUAAAUGCGACUGAUUUGGAUGCAGGCCCAAAUGGACAGGUAGUAUAUUCGUUCAGUGAAGUAGGCCGAGGUAAACAAACUGAUCUGUUUGCUAUCGAUGAAAAAACUGGGACUGUAACAAAUAAAAAGAAUAUCGACUUUGAAGAGAAUAAUGCGUUUGAGAUUAGAGUACAAGCCAGUGAUGGAGCUUCAUCUCCUCUCACCUCAAAUGCCAAAUUAUUGAUUGAAGUUUUAGACGUCAAUGACAAUGCCCCUGAAAUUUCAGUUACUUCACUGUUGAACACCGUGAAGGAGGAUGCGUCUACUGGCGCCGCCAUUGCGCUUGUUUCAGUAUUUGAUAAAGACGGAGGUAAAAAUGGGAUGAUGAACUGUAAAAUUUCCAAUCAUUUUCCUUUUAAAUUGGAAUCCAAUUAUAAGAAUUACUACUCGUUGGUGGUGGACGGUCCUCUUGACAGAGAGAGCGCAUCUCAAUACAAUAUCACCAUCACAGCGACUGAUGAGGGCAGCCCACCUCUCGCCACCACGAGCGUUAUUAAUGUGCACGUCUCAGAUGUGAAUGAUAAUACACCUAUGUUCACAGAAAACAUAAUCAAUGUAUAUGUGAAAGAAAACAGUCCAGUAGGAGCAGUUUUAAAAAAGGUUUCAGCAAUUGACGCAGACAUCGAUCAAAACGGUCAGGUGAGCUAUUCAUUUUUACAAAGUAACAGUAACUCAUUGCCACUCUCGACUAUGAUAAACAUCAACUCAGAGACUGGAGAUAUAGUCAGCCUGCAGUCUUUUAACUACGAAGAGUUAAACACGUUUCAGUUUAAAGUUCAGGCCACAGACUCUGGUGUUCCUCCGCUCAGCAGCAACGUGACUGUGAACGUUUUAAUCCUGGAUGAAAAUGACAAUAAUCCAACAAUUCUCGCGCCCUAUUCCGAGCACGGCUCCGUUAACAGUGAGAACAUCCCCUAUUCUGCUGAAGCGGGAUACUUUGUGGCAAAGAUCAGGGCUGUAGACGCAGACUCUGGAUACAAUGCUCUGCUUUCUUAUCACCUGUCUGAGCCCAAAGGAAACAACCUCUUCCGGAUCGGAACCAGCACCGGAGAAAUCAGGACUAAGAGGAGAAUGAGUGACAAUGACCUGAAAACUCACCCCUUGGUGGUGUUGGUUUCUGAUAACGGAGAACCCUCCCUGUCAGCUACUGUGUCUAUUGAUGUGGUGGUGGUUGAAAGCACAGCUGACAUCCAGACUCAGUUCAGACACGUGCCCAUAAAGGAGGAGAGCUUCUCUGAUUUAAACCUGUAUCUGCUGAUCGCCAUCGUGUCGGUGUCAGUGAUCUUUCUGCUGAGUCUCAUCAGUUUAAUAGCUGUCAGAUGCCACAGGACAGACGGCAGUUUCAGCAGGUACAGCGCCCCAAUGAUCACCACCCACCCUGACGGGAGCUGGUCUUACUCUAAAUCUACUCAGCAGUAUGACGUGUGUUUCAGCUCAGACACGCUGAAGAGUGACGUAGUGGUUUUCCCCGCACCGUUUCCGCCUGUUGAUGCUGAGCUGAUCAGUAUUAACGGAGGAGACACUUUUACCAGAACUCAGACUUUACCUAACACUGACAAGAGAGAUUUGCCUACAUGUUCCUUCGCGAUGUAUGGAAUAAUGCAUUUGCCGAGCAGAAGGAGCUCUGUGUGGAUAUCUCUCUUGGUCGUGCUGCUGGAUUGUUACUGGGAAGCGGUGUCUGGGCAGCUCUCUUACUCCGUCUCAGAGGAGGUAAAUCUGGGGACUGUUGUCGGAAAUAUCGCUAAAGAUCUGAACAUCAAUGUCCAGGAUUUGGAGUCCCGCAUGUUUCAGAUCGUUGCAGGAUCAAAGAGAAAAUAUCUCGAGGUAAACCUAAAGACUGGUGUCCUGUACGUUAAUGAGAGAAUAGAUCGAGAGGAACUCUGCGGCGAUGAACCAAAAUGUUCGCUAAGUGUAGAAGCAGUUAUUAAUAACCCUUUAAAACUGUACCGGAUUGAAAUAAUAAUGUUAGAUGUGAAUGAUAAUUUCCCGUCAUUCCUCAGCACGUCGCAGAUAAUUAACAUUAGUGAGAAUAUAGCAAUAGGGGCUAAAUUCCCUCUGCAUCCAGCUCACGAUGCAGAUGUCGGUAAAAAUACUGUAAAUAGCUACAAGCUUAGCCAAAAUGAACACUUCUCUCUCGCUACACAUAAAGGAGAGAGUGUAACUCCCGAAUUACUGCUUCAGAAAGUUUUAGACAGAGAAAAACAGUCUGUGAUCCGACUCGUACUGACUGCCAUUGAUGGAGGGACUCCUGCUAAAUCUGGCAGUAUGACUAUAAUAGUGAAUGUAUUGGACAUUAAUGAUAAUCCUCCUGUAUUCAACCAAACACUCUAUAAAGCCAGUGUGUAUGAGAACGCUAAGAUAGGAACAUCGAUAAUAACAUUAAAUGCGACUGAUUUGGAUGCAGGCCCAAAUGGACAGGUAGUAUAUUCGUUCAGUGAAGUAGGCCGAGGUAAACAAACUGAUCUGUUUGCUAUCGAUGAAAAAACUGGGACUGUAACAAAUAAAAAGAAUAUCGACUUUGAAGAGAAUAAUGCUUUUGAGAUUAGAGUACAAGCCAGUGAUGGAGCUUCCUCGCCGAUGACAUCACAUGCCAAAUUAUUGAUUGAAGUUUUAGACGUCAAUGACAAUGCCCCUGAAAUUUCAGUUACUUCACUGUUGAACACCGUGAAGGAGGAUGCGUCUGUUGGCGCCGCCAUUGCGCUUGUUUCAGUAUUUGAUAAAGACGGAGGUAAAAAUGGGAUGAUGAACUGUAAAAUGUCCAAUCAUGUUCCUUUUAAAUUGGAGUCCAAUUAUAAGAAUUACUACUCGUUGGUGGUGGACGGUCCUCUUGACAGAGAGAGCGCAUCUCAAUACAAUAUCACCAUCACAGCGACUGAUGAGGGCAGCCCACCUCUCUCCACCACGAGCGUUAUUAAUGUGCACGUCUCAGAUGUGAAUGAUAAUACACCUAUGUUCACAGAAAGCAUAAUCAAUGUAUAUGUGAAAGAAAACAGUCCAGUAGGAGCAGUUUUAAAAAAGGUUUCAGCAAUUGAUGCAGACAUCGAUCAAAACGGUCAGGUGAGCUAUUCAUUUUUACAAAGUAACAGUAACUCAUUGCCACUCUCGACUAUGAUAAACAUCAACUCAGAGACUGGAGAUAUAGUCAGCCUGCAGUCUUUUAACUACGAAGAGUUAAACACGUUUCAGUUUAAAGUUCAGGCCACAGACUCUGGUGUUCCUCCGCUCAGCAGCAACGUGACUGUGAACGUUUUAAUCCUGGAUGAAAAUGACAAUAAUCCAACAAUUCUCGCGCCCUAUUCCGAGCACGGCUCCGUUAACAGUGAGAACAUCCCCUAUUCUGCUGAAGCGGGAUACUUUGUGGCAAAGAUCAGGGCUGUAGACGCAGACUCUGGAUACAAUGCUCUGCUUUCUUAUCACCUGUCUGAGCCCAAAGGAAACAACCUCUUCCGGAUCGGAACCAGCACCGGAGAAAUCAGGACUAAGAGGAGAAUGAGUGACAAUGACCUGAAAACUCACCCCUUGGUGGUGUUGGUUUCUGAUAACGGAGAACCCUCCCUGUCAGCUACUGUGUCUAUUGAUGUGGUGGUGGUUGAAAGCACAGCUGACAUCCAGACUCAGUUCAGACACGUGCCCAUAAAGGAGGAGAGCUUCUCUGAUUUAAACCUGUAUCUGCUGAUCGCCAUCGUGUCGGUGUCAGUGAUCUUUCUGCUGAGUCUCAUCAGUUUAAUAGCUGUCAGAUGCCACAGGACAGACGGCAGUUUCAGCAGGUACAGCGCCCCAAUGAUCACCACCCACCCUGACGGGAGCUGGUCUUACUCUAAAUCUACUCAGCAGUAUGACGUGUGUUUCAGCUCAGACACGCUGAAGAGUGACGUAGUGGUUUUCCCCGCACCGUUUCCGCCUGUUGAUGCCGAGCUGAUCAGUAUUAACGGUGGAGACACUUUUACCAGAACUCAGACUUUACCCAACACAGACAAGGUAGAGUGCAGAACGAGUCUUUUUCGGAUAUAUCUUGUGGCCGUGCUGCUAAAUUAUUGCUGGGAAGCGGUGUAUGGACAGCUCUCCUACUCUGUCUCAGAGGAGGUAAUCCCGGGGACUUCUGUUGGAAAUAUCGCCAAGGAUCUAAAUAUCAAUGUCCAGGAUUUAGAGUCUCGUAUGUUUCAGGUUGUUGCUGGAUCAAAGAGAAAGUAUUUCGAUGUAAAUCUGAAAACUGGUGUUCUUUAUGUCAAUGAAAGAAUAGACCAUGAGGAGCUGUGUCCGAAGGCUACAAAAUGUACCGUCAAUGUAGAGGCCGUGAUCAACAAUCCACUUAAGCUUUACCGUUUAGAGAUAACUAUAAUAGAUAUAAAUGAUAAUGCCCCCGUUUUCUCAGAGCAAUUGCAGUCACUUAACAUUGCAGAAAGUACUUUACCGGGAGUGAAAUUUGGACUAAUUGAGGCAUCGGACUUGGAUGUUGGGAAGAACGGAGUUAAUACAUACAAGCUUAGUAAUAAUGGUUACUUUUCUUUAGAAAUCCACAAAGGGGGAGACAGCGUGUCUGCUGAAUUAGUACUGCAUAAAUCUUUAGACCGAGAACACGACUCUGUAAUAAAACUUACACUAACUGCAGUUGAUGGAGGAAAUCCAUCCAGAUCGGGAACCUCACAAAUUAUUAUCAACGUUUUGGAUACUAACGACAACAAUCCUGUUUUUAGUAGAUCUUUGUACAAAAUUCAAAUAUUUGAAAACUUGCCACCAGGGUCGAUUGUGAUAAGUCUUAAUGCAACAGACGCAGAUGAGGGUUUAAACAGUGAAAUAGAAUACUCGUUGAGAAAAAAAGGUCAGGAUCGUGUUUUAGAUUUAUUUCAAAUUGAUUCUAAAACAGGUGCAAUUUUAAUCAAAGGUAAGAUCGACUAUGAAGAACAUCCUGCGUUUGAGAUUCAUGCACAGGCUAGUGACAAAGGCCAGCCUCCGAUGUCGGCUCAUUGUAAGGUGCUGGUAGAAGUGGUGGACCUAAAUGACAACGCUCCUGAGAUCACUGUGACGUCACUAUUAAACACAGUGAAAGAGGACACAGAAGUUGGUACUGCUAUAGCACUUGUCUCUGUACUGGACAAAGAUGGUGGAAAAAACGGUGUAGUAAAAGCGGUCAUUCUGAAUGAGAGCCCCUUCAAAUUAGACACAAAUUAUAAAAACUAUUAUUCGUUAGUAGUUGAUGGUCCACUUGACAGAGAAACGAUGGCCGAGUACAAUGUCGUCAUCGUCGCAACUGAUGAAGGGACUCCACCUCUCUCCAGCACCAACAUAGUGACAGUUCAUGUUUCUGACGUCAAUGAUAACCCGCCUCGCUUCUCAGAGCCACUGAUUAAUGUUUAUGUGAAAGAGAACAGUCCAGUAGGAGCAGUUAUUAAAACGGUGACUGCAGUUGAUGUCGAUAUCAGUCAAAACGGUCAGGUUAGCUAUUCUUUUUUACAAAGUAACAGUAACUCAGUACCGCUGUCUACAAUAGUAAACAUCAACUCUGAGACUGGAGAUAUAGUCAACCUGCAGUCUUUUAACUACGAGGAGUUAAAAACGUUUCAGUUUAAAGUUCAGGCCACAGACUCUGGUGUUCCUCCGCUCAGCAGCAACGUGACUGUGAACGUUUUAAUCCUGGAUGAAAAUGACAAUAAUCCAACAAUUCUCGCGCCCUAUUCUGAGCACGGCUCCGUUAACAGUGAGAGCAUCCCCUAUUCUGCUGAAGCGGGAUACUUUGUGGCAAAGAUCAGGGCUGUAGACGCAGACUCUGGAUACAAUGCUCUGCUUUCUUAUCACCUGUCUGAGCCCAAAGGAAACAACCUCUUCCGGAUCGGAACCAGCACCGGAGAAAUCAGGACUAAGAGGAGAAUGAGUGACAAUGACCUGAAAACUCACCCCUUGGUGGUGUUGGUUUCUGAUAACGGAGAACCCUCCCUUUCAGCUACUGUGUCUAUUGAUGUGGUGGUGGUUGAAAGCACAAUUGACAUCCAGACUCAGUUCAGACACGUGCCCAUAAAGGAGGAGAGCUUCUCUGAUUUAAACCUGUAUCUGCUGAUCGCCAUCGUGUCGGUGUCAGUGAUCUUUCUGCUGAGUCUCAUCAGUUUAAUAGCUGUCAGAUGCCACAGGACAGACGGCAGUUUCAGCAGGUACAGCGCCCCAAUGAUCACCACCCACCCUGACGGGAGCUGGUCUUACUCUAAAUCUACUCAGCAGUAUGACGUGUGUUUCAGCUCAGACACGCUGAAGAGUGACGUAGUGGUUUUCCCCGCACCGUUUCCGCCUGUUGAUGCUGAGCUGAUCAGUAUUAACGGAGGAGAUACUUUUACCAGAACUCAGACUUUACCCAACACAGACAAGGUAUGGUUCGUCACUGAAGCGCUUUCAGUUUGCAAUUGA